AUGCAUCCUACUGACGCGAGCGGGUGGAGCUAUCGUGCGCACCUUCUGGAGACUUGGAGGGAGGAGCAGACCGCCAGAGGGGGGAAUGAGGACAACAGCGCCUUCUUGGCACAACUGUGGCAGGAGGCGAAAAACGUAGACAGUAUCCUUCACGCCGCUCCAGAAAACGAGCCAGUCUGGAUGUACAGGUAAGCCUAUGUCUCUCUCCUGCGCGCCCGCGCUUCUCUUACGUACAGAAAGACACCCCGUUGACUGAAGACCUAGCGUGCGGUCGCCACACAAGCAGUCAUCCUCCGAAGUCGUGACAGCCGGCGCUAUCACCGAUUAGGUUUUUGAACCAUAAUAUCCUGGGUCGCGUUUUCACCGUUCCAAUAGUAGUCACGCAACAAACGAGUGGGCAGUAGUUUCUACUUUCUACAUCCUCCUCACUGUGUACUCCUUUAUUUCUUUUUAAUUUUUUAAAAAAGCUUAUGCGCGCGAGCCCAAAACUCCUCCUCUAAAACUUAUAUCAACACUUGUGCGCUUUGGCUUUCUACCCAAGACGUCUUCUGGAUGCGCUCUUCGUAGAGACAGCUGACUCGUCCAGCUUCCCCGCCUUUGACUGCCUGGCAGUAACUGCAGCACAGCAGUCCACAGCGAACCCUCCUGCUGAGAAUGACCCGCUUUCGGUGAAAAGCUCAAUUGCUGUACCAGAUCCUUUUUCAGGUGCUUGGGCCUCUACCCUGUACAGCCGACACAUCCACUGGCUGCGAGAAACUAUUUUGCCGCGCCUAUCUGGGAGUUCAACCCCGGCGAUAUGUGUAGCUCACUAA